AGAAACUAAAUUCAAACACAAUAACCAUUAUCUUAUUCUUGUGUUUCUUUGUCCUUCUCGGGCCGCGGUAGCUUUUUUGCUACCACGGCCACAAACCAUUCUUCUCAUUGUAUCGAAUAGUAUAACUUAGUUAUAAUGCGUUCGUGGGAUAAAAUAAGCAUUUUUUUCAAAGAUGCAAAGGUAAAAUCUCCUCCGCUACCACCUCCACCUCCAGCACCUCCUCCUCCUAACAACAAUGCUUACAAAAUAAGCCCAAAAUACGCACCACGACAAACCAAUGCUUCCCCACUUGAAUCAUCAGAGUCGGAGGAGCUACAACGUCUAGUCCAUGCGCCACCAUUUUGGAAAAGUAGUAAAAAGAAGUUGUCGAAACAAAUGUCCAUGAACGAGACUCAUAGAGACGUCGCAUGGGAGAAAAAACGACAACGACAAGUAAUAAGAGAAGGGAAGAGGAAAAGUAUGAAUUUCGAUGUAGAUGAUUUGACAGACGAGGAUUUGAAUGAGUUAAGAGGAUCCAUUGAGUUAGGAUUUGGUUUUAGCGAAGAAGCAUGCCAAAAACUUUGCAAUACGUUACCAGCAUUAGACCUUUAUUUUGCUGUGCAUCGUCAAUUGUCUAUUAGUCCGGUGUCGACGCCACAUAGCAAUAACUCCACUAAUUCUCUGAGAGUCAGAUCCGCAUCAUUUGAGAGUCCUAGGAGCGAAGAUUCUUGGAAAAUUUUAGGUCCAGGGGACGAUCCUCAACAAGUGAAGACGAAACUGCGACAUUGGGCACAAGUAGUUGCUUGUUCAGUGAUGCAAUCCAUUUAAUUUUUUGAAUACCCGUAGUCAAAAUCACAUCGUCUUUUAUGUAUAUUAACAUAUAACUAAAAAUUUAGUCGUACCAAGAAAUUAAACCAAGUGUAAUACAAAGGAAACGAGAGGAGAUAGGGACAGAAGGAGAUAACAAGAAAUAUUCAAGCUAAGCAAUAUAUGACUUGAUUAGAAGUUAUAUGAUCAUGCAUGACCAUUAUAGAGUAGCAAAAAUUGGGAUGAUAAUAUAGUUGUAUAUGUAAAGUAUUGAUCACUAACUAUGAGGCUAAUCAAUAUGGAAAAUGUCUCAAUUGUUUGGUGAUCAAAGUAAUCAACAUAUGUUUGUUUUUAGACCACAAUUGUUUUGUGAGGAGUAGAUAUAUUUUAUUGCUCUUUUCAAACUAUGAUUAUGUAAAAUAUUUCUCAUAUUUAUUUUUAGCUUAAUAUUAUUGAUCAUAUUUAAAUUAUA